UGUGACGAAGUGAAGAGACAUAAGAAAGGAGGUGUAAAUGGUAAUGCUAUGAAGUAUGAGUGCAAUGAGCAGAGGCAGAGAGAUUGAACGCAAAAUUCUACGUCUCCUUCACGGCGCCAAAACCCGCACCCAACUAACCCAAAUCCACGCCCACUUCCUCCGCCAUGGGCUUCACCACUCCAACCAAAUCCUGGCCCACUUCGUCUCCGUCUGCGCCUCCCUCCACCGAACCCCUUACGCCGCGACCAUCUUCGCCCAAGCCCACAACCCCAACAUUCUCCUCUUCAACGCCAUCAUCAAGGCCCAUUCUCUAAGCUCACCCUUUUCCCCUUCCUUCUCCCUCUUCUCCCUCAUGAAGGUCCGCGCCAUCUCCCCCGACGAAUACACCUUCGCGCCGCUCCUCAACGCCGCCGCCAACCUCCGCCGCUACGCCCUCGGCCAGACCGUCCACGCCCAUGUCCACCGCCUCGGCUUCGCACGCCACGCCUCCGUCCGCGUCGCCGCCGUCGGGCUCUACGCGAGUUGCGGGAGAAUGAACGACGCCGCCAAGGUGUUCGACGAAAUCCGUCACAGGGACGUCGUCGUUUGGAACUUGAUGAUUCAAGGGUUCUGCAAGACGGGUGAGUUGGAAACGGGUUUUAAGCUUUUCCGGGAAAUGAAGGAACGGAGCGUGGUCUCGUGGAACCUCAUGAUGUCUUGUUUAGCGCGGGGUGAGAAAGAGGAGAAGGUUCUUGAGCUUUUUCGAGAAAUGUUGGAGGAGGGUUUUGAGCCUGAUGAGGCUUCCUUGGUUACUGUGUUACCUUGUUGUGCUCGCUUGGGAGCUGUGGAUGUUGGUGAGUGGAUCCAUUCCUAUGCAAACAAACAGGGGUUUCUACGAGACGCUGUUAACGUGGGGAACUCGCUCGUGGAUUUUUAUUGUAAAGGUGGUAACUUGCAAGCUGCAUGGGGCAUUUUCAAUAACAUGGCUAGUAAAAAUGUUGUUUCUUGGAACGCUAUGGUAUCGGGUUUGGCUUAUAACGGGGAAGGGGAAGUUGGGGUUGAGUUGUUUGAGGAGAUGGUGCGAGGAGGAGUUGCUCCUAAUGAUUCCACUUUUGUGGGGGUUUUGGCGUGUUGUGCUCAUGCUGGUUUGGUUGAUAGAGGGCGUGAGAUUUUUGCUGCUAUGAGUGUCAAGUUUGGGGUUUUGCCUAAACUGGAGCAUUAUGGAUGUGUUGUUGACUUGCUUGGGCGUUGUGGGCACGUGAGGGAAGCACGUGACUUGAUCGGAAGCAUGCCCGUGGAGCCAACUGCUGCCUUGUGGGGUGCAUUGCUUAGUGCUUGUCGGACUUAUGGUGACAGGGAAACUGCGGAAACUGCGGCUAAAGAGCUCGUUCGUCUUGAACCAUGGAACUCCGGAAAUUAUGUGUUGCUGUCCAAUGUUUAUGCAGAAGAAGGGAGGUGGGAUGAAGUUGAGAAAGUUAGAGUGUUGAUGCGAGGAGGCGGGGUCAAGAAAGUUCCGGGGCACAGUGCAACUGGGUAGUUGCGUGAAAUAAUAACCAUUCUUUUGGUUGACACAAACUAAAGGAGUUCUCUUUUCAAUUUAAUGCAUGCAUGAAGAUUGGAGAAUGCCACCAAUCUAAUUUGUUAGUGUUGCAUGAAGACAAAUACCGUUCAAGUCCCAAUUCCAGACCAUUUUGACAUUUCAUCAUGGAUUUGAAUUGGAAAGGAAACAAUGAUCUGGAUAUGUCAAACUCAAAGUUGGUUGUAGGGAUUGGUUCAAGUUCGCACUGGAUACUUUAUCAUGCCAUUGAGAUUAAGGAAUCAAUAUUUUCUACAUUGAUUCACAGAUUUUGGUAAUUUUUAGAUAUAUGGAGAAUCCGUGUAGUUUCAAAUGAAUCCGAUGACUGAAGUUUUUUUGUAUUAUUCCGAAGGAGUAACAUGUAAAAUACUUUUUAUACAUUUUUAACUACGCUUUUUAUGUCUUUCUCCGUCUUGUC